AUGGUGCUGGCGCCGGCGUCUUGCGUCUCCAGAGAAAACUACUUCCCAUCGGUGAGGGUCGGCAGCUACCAUCUGAAUCGGGACGACAAUCCGGGCGAAGACGAGGUCAUCCCCGUGUGCGAAAAAAUCUUGCACGGCGGCUUUGACGGAGACGAGCGCAAUGGAAGCGACCUCGCGCUUCUCUUGCUCCAACGCCCCUCCUUCCGAGGGCACGUGGGGAAUCCCAUGUCCGCUCAGGACUGCAAAGACGGAGACCUGGUCGCCUUGGCGUGGUUUUCUCCAACCGCCGCUUCCGGCCCCUCAGAGCACCUCGAGGCCGUGCCUUCAGUGAAGAUCAUGCCGCCGGGGGCGUGUGGCGAGGAGGGGAGCGGCAUCCCGGAUGGCACAAUGUGCGCUUCGGUUGAAGGCGAUGGGGAAUCCGCCACGAAGCGCAACAUAUGUGAGUAA